AUUGUCAAAGCGGCGCAGCCAGACAGCGUGGAGGGUGGGAGACAAUUUCAAUCGACUUGUCGCUUGUCCGCGCUCAGUUUAGUCUAAAAAAAAAACAUUUUGUUUUCCCCCUGGCCCCCUGUCAGCACCUGCUGAAACAUUAAUGUGGAAAAUGAACGGCGAUUUGACAAACCGCCUUGUUGAGUUUUGGAUGGUGUCGUCGUCAGACAUCCAAUGAUCAUCUGUGCGCAAGAAAGUGGUGCCUGUGUGCACCUAACCCCUGCAUGAGAGGCGGAUUUUUUUUGUGCUGCAUUACUCGUGCUCUGUUAUAAAGAGUGCUCAGGGAAAUUAUGCUGUGAAAUGUGAAAGAAUUUAUGAACAGAAUUUUGACCUGUGUACGCUUGCCUUAUGUCAAACAACAUUUUUAUCAUGAAAAAACCUUUUCCUCCAAAAAAUUGAAGCAGUAAAAAAGAAGGGGGGGGGUCAUCUCAUAUUCAGGAUUGUCUUGUAGUCAGGCCAUUAAGUUGGAGUGUAACAUCAAUCUGACACUGUGCGUGUGUGUGUGUGUGUGUGUGAAAGGAAGAGAUGGUUGAUGUUCGUACCCAUGUGUUGUUGUGUAUGCUGGUCUGUGGUGCGAGAAGGAUGGGUGAUGCCCAUGUUGGUGGGUGUGUGCAUGUUUAUAUGCCCGCUUGAUGUUUGUGUGCCGAGGUGGCUCUUUGCUGUAACACAUUAUAAAAUGUGGCUCUUGGUCUCUGACUUGUUGGCCACCCCUGCUAUGCCCUAAGUCUUUCUGCCUUGUUUUAGUGCUGUUCCCCGCAAUUCAAUUUCUGGUCACUGGAGGGCGUCUAGAUAGUGAAGAAUCUUUUGAAAAGUCCUGGUUCCGGUUGGUGAUCCAGAUCACCAGAAUUUAAUCACUUGUUCCUUGGGUCAUCACUAACAGCUCCACAAAGUUUCGUUCAAAUCAGUUGAUUCGUUUUUGAGUUAUCCUGCUGACAGAAUCUUUUAAAAAGUUCUGGUUCCGGUUCGUGAUCCGCAUCACCACCAGAAUUUAAUCAAUUGUUAAUCAAUUGUUCCUUGGGUCAUUAUCAACAAACCCACAAAGUUUCGUCCAAAAAUGUUGAUUAGUUUUUCAGUUAUGCUGCUGACAAACAAACAGAUAGACAAACAGACAAACAAACAGACAGACAAAUCAACGCGACCGAAAACAUUACCUCCUUGGCUGAGGUAAUGAAAAUAAUUGUCAUGUCUCAAACUGCAAAAGGUUACAAAGCCAUUUCUAAAUCAUUGGGGCAUCUGCAAACCAUGGUCAGAGCCAUUACCCACAAAUGGAGAAAGCAUGAUGUAGUGGUGAACAUUUCUAAGAACAUAGUGACAGUGGAUCCAGGUUCAGAAAGGAACACAGAACAACAUCUAACCAACUAGAGGUGUUGAUUGCCUCGUAUAAUAUAAUGGAUAAUGUCCAGCCAUUCAUUUGUGUUCAUGCAUGGGAGUCCUCCACUGUAGCUGAUUUUAAAACAGUUAUGCAAAGAAGAGUUGGCAAAAAAAUCAUCCUCAGCAAUGUGAAAGACUGCUCAUCAGUUCUUGUAAAUUUGUUAACAACUAAAAAAAAAAAAAACAACUAAAAUUGUUGCUGGGUCAUUCCAUGUCAAUUCACACGAGUCCCUAGAAUAUCCCCAGCUGACCCUCACUGAUUUGUCUGAUAAAUCACAUACAAGUACUUGUUGAUGUCAAUUGCAAGAAUCCAAAGUAUUAGCAUCCUACGCCCAACGGUUGUGGAGAUGAAGCCCUCCAAAGUGUGGGUGCCACACCUACUUUUCAAGCCUGUGAAUUGCACACAAAAUUUAUGAGCAGAUUUUGACACCUAGUUUUAGUUUGAAGGAAGAUACAGGCCUACAAAUCUCCAUGCCCCCUCUUUAUCACCCUGUCUAUCAUAUGAUGUACUUACAAAUAUCAUACCUUGAUUAUUUGUGGCUACAUUAACGCUUGAAAACUGAAUUUGUGAAAAGCGUGAUGAAAAGUCUUGCCAUUUUGGGGUUCUAGAACUUGGAAACUAUGUAUGCUUUGGGAGUUGUAAUCGAUUUUCCAUCAUAUUUGGGAACUGCACUGUGGAAAAGCAUUUCUGGUGGUAAACAAUUGAAAAUAAAUAAUCAGCAGAGGAAUUUGUGUUAUCAAUGGUUUAAGUAACUAGUAACUGUAUAACUUGUCGUUACAGGGGGUCUACAAAGGAUGCCAUCAAACAAAACAUGCAACAUUUUGCAGAAAAGAAGAGGAAAACUGUUGUAUGAUUAUUCUGAAUAUGGAAGGACUUUUAUUGAAAUGCAGCCUAUCAAAGCACAUCAGAGAAGGGUCAAACCUUUCAAGUGCAUGAAAUGUUGGACAGCGUUUAAAUAUAAAUGUAAUUUAAUGGCACACCAAAAUACUCACAUUGUUAAAAAUCCCUUUGAUUCUAUGACAAGUAGAAAGGCCAUUGGAGCACAUGGUUUCAAGCCAUGUCAGUGUACUACAUGUAGAAAGUCAUUUGCAUGUAGAUGGACCCUCAAAAUUCACCAGAGAAUUCAUGCUGCAGAAAAGCCUUACCUGUGCAGCUUAUGUGGAAAAGCCUUUACAGUUAUACUUGGUCUCCAAAAGCAUCUGCGAACCCAUACUGGAGAAAAGCCUUACCAGUGUAGCAUAUGUGAAAUGGUCUUUGUAGACAAAAGUCAUCUAAAUCGCCAUCAGAGAACCCAUACUGGGGAAAGACCUUAUCAGUGUAUCACAUGUGGAAAGGCCUUUGCAGACAGAGCUACUCUCAAAAUUCACCAGCGAAUCCAUACAGGGGAAAAGCCUUACCAGUGCAGUACAUGUGGAAAGGGCUUUGCAAAGUCAAGUCAUCUCAAAGAUCACCAAAUAAUCCACACUGAAGCAAAACCUUACCCCUGUAGUACAUGUGGAAAGGCCUUCGUACACCAAACAAGUCUAAACCGCCAUCUGAGAACCCAUACUGGAGAAAAGCCUUACCAGUGCACCACAUGUGGAAAGGCCUUUUCAAACAAUAGUCAUCUCAAAAGUCACCAGAGAUCCCACACUGAGGAAAAGCCUUACCAGUGCAGAACAUGUGGAAAUUCCUUUAUACACAUAAAUCAUCUAGAACGCCAUCAGAGAACCCAUACAGGUGAAAAACCUUACCAGUGUAGCACAUGUGGAAAGGGCUUUGCGGAUAGAGCUACUCUCAGAAUUCACCAGCGAACUCAUACAGGAGAAAAGCCUUACCAAUGUACCACAUGUGGAAAUAGCUUUUCGCAACAAACCCAUCUAGUUCGCCAUCAGAGAACCCAUACUGGGGAAAAGCCUUACCAGUGUAGCACAUGUGGAAAGGCCUUUGCAGAGAGGGGUAAACUCACAAGGCACCAGAGAAUACAUACUGGAGAAAAUACAUAACAUUGUAAUAUGUGUGGAAAGGCCUUUGGACAAAGCUGUGAUCUCAAUUACCACCUGAGAAAGGCCUUACCAGUGUAGUACACAUGGAAAGGGCUUCAAAAAAAGUGGAGAUUUCAAAAGGCGCCAGAGAACACACACUUGUAGAGUUACUUGGGCACAAUCCCUGGUGCUGAACAAAAAAAGUAACAUUUUGUGGGAAACAAAAGUUCGCACACUCCUUUGAAUUUUUUCUUCUUUAAGUUAUUAUUUUCUUUGUAUUCAUUCACUGGCAAGCAUGAUGACGUUUUGACCUCUCGGUCUUCCUCAGAUUCACUGAUAAACACGGGUUUGACACAUUGAGUGUGUCUUAAUAUGGGACCUUGCCUCCUCCACUUGCGCUUGUCUCCUCGUCCCGCCUCCUGGCCCCUCCUCCGUGGAGAAAACCAUAAAGUUUCCCACCUCUCAGCCUAGCCACAACAACUUUUAAGGGACUGUUUUUCAUUCACCAUCCCAAUUGCAAAUGAUAAAAAGACUCUACAAUUGAGCUUUUGCAAGAUAUUGAAAUAUAAUGCUGCUGUCAGUGAUGUCAUCAUGAUGAGAAGUGAGUGGAGGAGGCAAGGUCGCAUAUUAAGAGGCACUCAUUAUCUACAACACCUGUCUGAUGGGGUAGAGUCAACUUUAACCCUUGCAGGUCCCGGAUGUACGCCUGUGGUGUGACUAGAGCCAAAUUAAUUACACAAUUUUUGAAAACAAAACAUAAAAAACAAACACUUGGAUUUUUUUUUCAAGUGAAACCUUGUGUAUCAACUUUGUGUAUAAGACACAACUAUUUACAAAUUAAACACUAUGAAAAGUUGGAGAGCAUUUAUUAUUGUAUUGGGAUCCUAUUCAUAGUGCACAUGUAUUUACAAAAAAGGUCUAAUAUCAAAGUCCUCAAUGAGUCCUCUUGGGGCCAAAGUCCCCAAAUGAUGAAUCCAAAAGGCCUCUCUUCUUAAAAGCUGAUUGUCCAUAUCCCCAGCCCUACGAUGUUUUUGGACAUGUUCUACCUCCAAGAAUCUUAAAGUUGAGAACACAACAGAGAACUCACACUCACAUACAGUCUCCCAUAGAAUAGAAUAGAAUAGAAUAGAAUAGAAUAGAAUAGAAUAGAAUAGAAUAGAAUGCUGAACUCUAAACUGGAGACAUGAAACACCAGAGAUGCUGAAGUCUUAUUCAUUCCCACAUACUCUCUCAUGUAAAAUAAAGUAAGGAAUUGUAUAUAUACACGUGUAUAUUAGUUUUACAUACACUUGCCAAUUUAAUUACACAUGCACCCUUUAAAACAUCUGAGUCCAAAGUUAUAUGCAUGGCUGUGUUCAGAUUCUGUUGCCUUUUCGGAAACCAGUUAUUACUUAAUUACUUUGUAAUUAUCUCCUUUUUACCCAUUAGAUGCCAUGUAACUGCUCUCUGUGUCACCUCAAAUGAGGUUGUGGUUUCCUUACAUUUUCAGUGGGGAUCCCCAUUUGGACUUCAGGCUGUUUUCGCAACACCCACCCACCAUAGUCU